AUGUCUUCAGCGUUUGUUGAACUUCUUCAUAAAUCAAAUCUUGAUUGUAUUGUUACAAAAAAACCAUUUAAAGUUGGUUCACAUAGUGAUGAUAUUAUAUUUGCUUCAUUGAUUGAUGCGAAAACAAAAACGUUACAAUUAAUUGCAUGUUUGGAUAAAUUAGAAUCUGUUACAAUAUGGUCAACACCAUUAGAUGAACGUGCGUUUCAAUUAAAUGCACGUCUUUUAGAUAUAACAGAACUCGGUGAAACAAUGAUAUUUCUUUCUGAACGUAUAAAUGAAUCGAACUUUACUCUUGCUAAAGCUCCAACAACAAAUACUGAUGGUAAACAGGAAGUUUCACAAAUUAAUGUAACAUUCACACAUCCAAAAAAUAAACAAUCUAUCACUCUUCAACUUUAUGAAAAUAUUAACGAUGGAGAGAAAGCUUCAUUUUUAAGUAAAAUUCUUUUACAUGUUUAUAAACGUAAUGAACAAUUAUCAGCUGAAGUUAAAACACAACAAUCAUGUAUAAAAGAAUUAUCAACUAAAACAGAGCGUGAACAAUCACGUUCAAGUGCUACCAAUCGAAUGUUUGAUGGUAAUAAAUUACUUGAUCCGAAUGAUCAAAAAAGUAAUAUAACGAAAUCACAAGAACGUACAAAAAUGAGUUUAAUUAAUCCGACUACUAAACGACGUAAAGCAGCAACCGGUAUUACUUAUGAUGAUGAAGAUAGUGAUUAA